AUGAGCUCUAACGAAGGUCCUAAGGUCGAGGUGACCGAAAUUGAUGGGACGGUCUCGGCGAGUGUCCAAGAGACAAACCGAGUCCGUGCUCUGCUCGGUUUAAAACCUCUGAGAGAAGGUCCCGCAGAAGAAAAGAGGCCAGUGAUCGAUGCCAACAGCGUGACCGUGGAGCCAACCGUUGCGGAACUUCGACGAAGAAUUGAUGAUUCGCGCGCAAAGAGAACUCGUCAUGAACUGGUUGGAGGUCAAAGUUUGGGAGAGAUGCUUGCGGAUGAAGCCGAGGGUGCGACAGCUUGGGUCUCCAGGAUGCGAGACAAGAAGGACGAAGUGCCGGAGGAGCCGAGCAGGAAAAAACAUCGACAAGCCGAUUUGGAUGAAGAUGAAUUUCCAGCUGAUCUGAAAGUCGUUCAUAAGACUUCUGAUUUAGAAAUGAAGAUUGGGGAUGAAGUCAUCCUAACGUUGAAGGAUCGCCGAUUGAUUGACGGUGAAGGCGAAUUGGAUCUCACCGAAGAUCUCUUGGAGAAUCCUGAACUGAAUUCAAAAUCGAAGCGAGAUAAAAGUGAAAAAAUCCAAAGAACGACUUACAAUCCAUUUGAGGAAGACUCUGAUGAAAUUAUUGAUUUUGGAAGAACGAAUCGGAAGGAUAUCUUGCCGCAUUACGACCAAUGGGCAGUAGACGCGAAAAUGGUGAAAAUGCCAAAAGGGGUUGACGCAGUUGGAGCUGUGCCGUUAAGUGAGAUUGGAAAAAGUCGCCAAGAGGAGAAGAUUGUGAAUACAGUGAGCUUAGCAACGACCAUUGGAGUUCAAAAGGAUUUUAUGACGGCGGAAGAAUUAGAGAUGGAAACGGAAGAUCCCGAAGAGGAAGCGACUGUGGGAAACUUCAUAGAGAGGUUGAAUCCAGAAAUUCGGAGACCCCCCCGUCCACUAGACGAAGGAGAGCCUGGCGCUGAGGAUUUAGAUGAUGCCGCUUUGUAUCAACAGUUAGCGAAACGAAGGAAAUUCGGCGUUGAGCGCAAAACACAAGUGAAAGAACAGGAGUCCAUUUUAAAUGCUGUUAAAAAGCUCGAAGAAGUGAAACUUGAAGUCGAAUCCUCUCUGGAUGAAGGAAUGACAUCUGUGGCUGUUGGUGUCAAGAAGGAAGAUGACAGACUGUCAAAACUCUUGCUUCUUCCAGAUCUGGGGACAUCGUCAGAAAAGACGAUUGAGUUGACGGCAACAACUGAAUUCUGUCGCGCUUUAGAAACGCCAUUUGAAAAACUCCAGAAUGCGAAAGCGGAGCAUGAAGAGCGCAUACAAAGAGGAAAGCGCGGGCUUGUUGCGGCGGAAGCGUCAUCGUCCUCAAGUUCUGCAAAACAGUCGUGGCGUGACGAUGUCCCAAUGGAUGAGAACGCAGCAAACGCGAUUCCUGAGGACGCUGGAGAAGAGUCAUCAGAUGAAGAGCUCACGAAAGAUGAAGAGAAGGCGGUGGAGUUGUUGGUUUCAGAAAGUUUAUUGGACGGAAGUCUUUCAUCUGCAUUGAAUAUGCUGAAAUCCCGAGGUGAACUCUCUGAUGAUACUUGGAGGGUCGGACGAAGUACUGGAGAAAAUCGGCCACUACAUCAAUCUACUGGAUCCAACGACAUUAAAAUUGAGUACAAAGACGAAUUUGGGAGAGUUUUAGGUCCCAAAGAUGCUUUCCGCUACAUCUCGUGGGCUUUUCAUGGAAAGGGUCCGGGGAAGAAAAAGAGGGAAAAGUUGCUUCGCAAGAUUGAGACUG